UUCGAUACUCCCCCACUUGCCUCCGUUGCCAUCAACACCAUCACUUUCUUUCUCUAUUUACACUUCACUCUUUAGCUCCGAUGCAACGACUGCGACGUUGCUACAAUGAACUCGUCCGCCUCGACCUCAACCCUCCUCCCACCACCCCCACUUCCUCCUCCUCUUCUCUAUCCAUCGAUGCCGUAGAAUCUCCUGAGACACGAAUCCAACGGCUUAUAUCGGAGCAUCCGGUUAUUAUAUUCUCUCGAUCUUCAUGCUGCAUGUGCCACGUCAUGAAGAAGCUGCUCGCUAACAUCGGUGUCCACCCCACUGUGAUCGAGUUAGACGAUCAUGAGAUCUCCGCUCUCCCUCCUUCUCCACCUCCCUCUGAUCACGAUAGCGAGGCUCCUCGCAGUCUUGCUCCCGCCCUUUUCAUUGGUGGAACCUGCGUUGGCGGCCUCGAGUCUCUCGUAGCUCUCCACCUCAGCGGCCACCUUGUCCCAAAGCUCGUCGAAGUAGGUGCUCUGUGGGUAUGAUAUUCCCUCCUAUCAUCAUCAUCAAUGAUUUGGGUUUCUUUACUGUUGUAAGUGAACAUAAAUUUAGCUAGACAGGAAUAAUUUUUCUGUUAGAUUAUUAUGUUUGUUCACUGUUUGAUGGUCAAAUACUGAAAGAUAAGUUAGCAUAAGAAACUCUGUGAUUAUGCUUCAAUUCUCAGAAAAUCUGUGAUUGUUCAUCUACUAGAUUCAAGUUUAGGUUUCUCUCUUCCUUUUUGGUUGA